AUGGCGCCACCUCUCGCCGCCACCGUCGGCGGGUCGUCUCCCAGCGAGGGGGGUGAGGGGAAUGGAGAGGCAGCAGCAGGGGCAGCAGCAGCAGCAGCAACAACAGCAGCAGCUGGAGGAGCAGCAGCAGCAGCAGCAACAGCAGCAGUACCCAAUGGAAAGAGUAUGCUGCACGACCUGUGGAAGAAGAACGGGGCCAAGGCGAAGCGAGUAGUGAAGCUGCUGCGGCGGAAGCGUCAGAAGCAGCAGAAGCGUCAGCAGCAGCAGCAGCAGCAGGACGAGCAGCAGGAGCAGCAGCAGCAGCAGGGGGGAUCAGCUGAGCUAACUAAGGAGGAGCUUCUUGCUGCUGUUCCUCUUCGCAGCAAACAGCGCGACCUGCUGCUCCCAGUGGGUCGCAAUAAAAAACUUAAAAAGAAGCUCGAGGCUUUGUUAGGAGUUACAGCAGAAGAGGCAGAGACAGAGAGUGAAGAAGAAGAAGACAAAGAAGAUGAAGAAGAAGCAGAAGCAGACAGCGACCAGGAAGACCUCUUGCAAGACGGAGCAGCAGCAGCAGACAAGCAGCAGCAGCAGCAGCAAGAGGAUAUUGAAGUUAUUUUCUUACCCCCAAAAGAAGCAGAAGGAGCAGACGGACUUGUCGCGCAAUUAGCAGAAUCAUUUAAUGAUGUCUUUGAGAAAUUCGGCGCAAAUCUUAGGCCGGAAGAACAGGAAGAAGAAGACGAAGAAGAAGAAGAAGAAGAUUUAUGCGGUCGCGGAGAAGUAAUGGGUUUAGAAGAAGAAGACUCAGACGAGGAAGCAGCAGGCAGCAGCAGCAGCAGCAGCAGCAGCAGCAAGAAGGGUACAGCAGGAGGCGGAGCAAAGGUUCCUCGAGGUCAGCUGCGUCGCAUGCAACGCCCCACAGUGUGCAGCUUAAAGCAGCAUACAGCCCGACCCGAUAGGAUCGAAGUCUGGGAUACGACGGGAUCCGAUCCCUUCUUCCUAGCCUUCUUGAAAGGCCUUAGGAACGUCGUCUCCGUGCCUCAGCACUGGUCUCAGAAGCGAAGAUAUCUUCAGUGGAAGCGAGGCUUUGAAAAGCCUCCUUUUAAGCUGCCUCCGCACAUCGAAGCAACGAAGAUCUCUGAAGUGCGAUCGGCGUUGGUUGAGGCUGAGAAGCAAAAGACGAUGAGACAAAGAAUGAGAGAGAAAGUGCGGCCGAAGGCGAACAGAUUGACUAUAGAUUACCAGGUUCUUCACGACUGUUUUUUUAAACAUGCGGUGAAGCCUCCUUUGACGAAGUUAGGCGAUCUGUAUUACGAAGGUAAAGAGUUUCAGCAGGCCAAGAGGAACAUAAAACCGGGUGUAUUGUACGGGCCUCCCCCAGCCUAUCCUCGGUUGCGUCUCCCGGGUUUAAAUGCACCUAUACCUGCGGGGUGUAGCUACGGCUAUCAGCCAGGAGGCUGGGGUCGACCCCCUGUAGAUGAAGGCGGCAGACUUUUGUUUCGAUUAGAUGAAGAGACAGAUGAAGCUGAAGAGACAGCUGAACUGCAGCAAGAUGCACCAGAUGCAGCAAAUGAUGUCUUGUGGGGAGAGCUGCCUCCUGAUGCCGAUGCACCACAGGAAGAAGAAGAAGAACAAGGAUUGUGUUUGCGUCUGUGUGCCUCUCUCUGUCUUUUUGUUGCUUCAGAGGGAGAAGCAGCUGCAGGGGAGGGAGCGCAGCUGUCUGCAGAUACACCGUUUGCUGCAGGUGCGGCAAGUGUGGGUUUGAGCAGCAUAGGUUUAUCAUCGCCUGCUUCAGUGUCUCUGAUGCAGCAGAAGGGCGGCUCUUCAUCUGUCUCUUCAUCGUCGAAAGCUUAUACUGUAUUGACACCCCAGGAGACAACAGUGCAGCAAGGGCAGCUAUUUGGUGUGAAGCAUACGUACCGAAUUCCUGCUGCUGCUCUUUCAAGACAGCAGCAGCAGCAGCAGCAGCAACCGGGAUCUGGCCUUGCUUCGGGUGUACAGACACCUGCAGGUGUCUCCACCCCACGCCUCCUCAGCGGUAGAGCCUCCCCCUUCAUUCCUGGUGUUGCAUCUCCUUUUGUCGGUUCUGCUGCUGCUGCUAGCGGUGCAAGCACGCCUCUUGUUGCUGCUGCUAGAGCAGGAGCAGCAACUCCGAUCGGCGUUACUGUCUCUCUUAACCCAAAUGAAAUGGAACAAGAAGGUGCAUUUACAGCAGAUGUUAUUAGGCAGCAGCUGCGGCAGCACGAAGAAGCAGCAGCAAGAGCAAAAGCAGCAGCAGGACAGAUAGACCCUGCAGAUCACGUCUCGCUAGGUUGA